AAUACAUAAAACCAUUCAAAAAUGAUCGAUUCUCAAAAAAGAGAAAUUUUUAAUAAUACUAAAAUUUUAUUCAGGAAACAUGCAAAAAGAGAGAAGAUUAGACAAACAGCAAAAAUAAUUCGAAAAAUUAAAUAUUUAAAAAUUCAGAAUAAUUUAGAAAAUGAUGAAAUUGAUUUAUACCUUGAAAAAUUAAAAUCGAUCAAGUCACUUAAGCCUGAUAUAAUUUCAAUUCAUGCAUUUAACAUCCUAAUAAAUCCACCUACUAACUUUGUAAAUGACAGACUAAAUUCUAUUGGUUCAGCUUUGAAUCUCAUUGUCCAAGGAAAACUUUUAAAAACAGCCAUGCAAGAUUUUUGUAGAUUAUAUGCUAAUGACUGGAAGGAUAUAAUAGCAACAUCUCUAUCAUCCCUAUCCAGAAAGAAGAUUACAAAUAUAAGAUUAAGAAUAUCUACAAAGAAUGAUAAAAUUAUAUCUAGUGAUCAUAUUCAAAAAGAGAAAAUCAUUCAAAAUCCUGAAAGUGGAAAUUCUAAUGGGAUUAUUAAUAAAGAAAUAAAAGAAGUAGAUGCCCAUUUAAACAUUUCCCAAAUUUCUGACCAAAAAAAUUGUUCCAAAAAAUUGAAAACUUCUGAAGAUAUCAACAUGAUUUCCAAUUUGCCUAUUCCCAAACCAUCUAAAAUGAUAGGUGAAAUUUGUAUAGGUAGUAUGAUCAUCAAGCCUAUAAAUCAAGAAUUAUCGAAAGAAAAUAGUAUUGAUGAAUUAAAUAUAAAGGGGCCAAUGGAUGAAAAGUAUUUAACCACAACUGAUGAAAUUCAAAAUAAAUCGUCGGAUUUGUACAAUGAUCCAUUUUUUGUUGAAAAAGUUAAAAAAGAUUGUGCUCGUACAAGUUUCAAUGGUGUAAUAUCUAACCAAAAAAAUAAGGCGAAGAAUAUAUCCUUUAAUUCAUCUUUCGUUGAUUCUUUGUCGCAAAAUAAAAAAUUAUUCUUAAAAGAAAAAUGUAUAACAAAUAUUAAUAAUAAUCUUCGUAAAGGCCCGCAGUAUAAUAAAAAUUUGAAAAAAAACCACAUGUCACAAAAUAAAAAUAUCGAUAAAUCUACGACAAAUAAAAGGAAUUGUCGCCAAAAUACCGAAUUAAACAAAUCAAGUAAAGCAUUAGUAUGUUCAAAUAUCGAUAUACAUCCUUCAUGGGCCGCUAAAAAGGCUGCAAAUAAAAAACAAGCUAUUUUGUCUUCGGCGUUGAAAAAUAUAAGUCAUACCUAUCAAAACAGACAUGUAUUUGAAGAAUCUGAUUAACUUAUUUUAUCAAAUUUUUAAUUAUUUAUUCAUAGGUAAUAAUUUCGUUU